AUAUUAUGGGAUAUUCUACGCAACAUUUUUAAGUAAAUAUACCAACAUAAUUUCUUCAACAAUUACAACUGAUGACACACAGAGAAAUGAUUUGUUGGGUCUUUUGUUAGGUUUUUCUGACUGAUCCAAAGUGUAAAACGUCCUGAUGAUCUGCAGCAGCAGUAGUUUGUGUUUAGAGCCACAGAAAUGACUUUGAUCAGAGAAUUGAUCAGUGACUGAUGUGAUUAAAAAAACAUGUGUUUGCAGAGUCCAGAACCAGAGACAAAAAGCAGAACCUCCAGGACCCAGCUGUCUGUCUAUGAAGAGUGACCGGUCCAUACAUGACCCUCUAAACUUCAGUAAUGAACCUGGAGCCUCAGACACAAAAGUGGACCAACAGAUCUCAGAGGUUCCCAGUGCUCAGUCUGUCCAGCAGCACCAAACACACCUGAACUCCAUAUUUAUGCUGCUAGAGGAAAACAUUGUCACGUUUCUGAAGAAGGAGCUGAAGAAGAUCCAGAAGGUUCUGAGUCCAGAUUACCCAGAAUGCUUAGAGAGUCAGAGGGGGGAUGAAGAGGAGUUGGAUGGUGAGGAUGAAGAGCAGAGGAGGAGCAGCAGGGACGCGUUUCUGAAGAUCACAGUGAACCUCCUGAGGAGGAUGAAGCAGGAGGAGCUGGCUGACUGUCUGCAGAGCAGAUCUUCUGCUGCACUUUGUCAGGGUCAACUUAAAUCUCGCCUGAAGCAGAAGUUCCAGUGUGUCUUUGAAGGCAUCGCUAAAGCAGGAAAGCCAACCCUUCUGAACCAGAUCUACACAGAGCUCUACAUCACAGAGGGAGGGACUGGAGAGGUCAACAAUGAACAUGAGGUCAGACAGAUUGAAACAGCCUCCAGGAAACCAGACAGAGCAGAAACAAGCAUCAGACCAGAAGACGUCUUUAAAGGCUCAGCUGGAAGAGAUGGAGCCAUCAGAACAGUGAUGACAAAGGGAGUGGCUGGCAUUGGAAAAACAGUUCUAACACAGAAGUUCACUCUGGACUGGGCUGAAGGCAAAGCCAACCAGGACAGACACUUCACAUUUCCAUUCACAUUUAGAGAGCUGAAUGUGCUGAAAGAGCAAAAGUUCAGCUUGGUGGAACUUAUUCAUCACUUCUUCAGUGAAACCAAAGCAGCAGGAAUCUUCAUUUUUAAACACUUUAAGGUUGUUUUCAUCUUAGAUGGUCUGGAUGAGUGUCGUCUUCCCCUGGACUUCAACAAGACUAAAACCCUGACUGAUGUCACAGAGUCCACCUCAGUGGAUGUGCUGCUGACAAACCUGAUCAGGGGGAACCUGCUUCCCUCUGCUCACCUCUGGAUCACCACACGACCUGCAGCAGCCAAUCAGAUCCCUCCUGGGUGUGUUGACAUGGUGACAGAGGUCAGAGGGUUCACUGACCCACAGAAGGAUGAGUACUUCAGGAAGAGAUUCAGAGAUGAGCAGCAGGCCACAACAAUCAUGUCCCACAUCAAGACGUCACGAAGCCUCCACAUCAUGUGCCACAUCCCAGUCUUCUGCUGGAUCACUGCUACGGUUCUGGAGGAUCUGCUGGAAACCAGAGAGGGAGGAGAGCUGCCCAAGACCCUGACGGAGAUGUACAUCCACUUCCUGGUGGUUCAGACCAAAGUGAAGAACAUCAAGUAUGAUGGAGGAGCUGAGACAGAUCCACACUGGAGUCCAGAGAGCAGGAAGAUGAUUAAGUCUCUGGGAAAAGUGGCUUUUGAGCAGCUGCAGAAAGGAAAUCUGAUCUUCUAUGAGUCAGACCUGACAGAGUGUGGCAUCGAUGUCAAAGCAGCAUCAGUUUAUUCAGGGGUGUUCACACAGGUGUUUAAAGAGGAAAAGGGGCUGUAUCAGGACAAGGUGUUCUGCUUUGUCCAUCUGAGUGUUCAGGAGUUUCUGGCUGCUCUUCAUGUCCAUCUGACCUUCAUCAAGUCUGGAGUCAGUCUUUUGUCAGAACAACAAUCAUCACCACAGUUAUCUGUGAUUAAACAUAUGAUGAUGAAACCUUUUAUGAUGAAACAUGAAUAUACACCGUUCUACCACGUUGCUGUGGACAAGGCUUUAAAGAGUCCAAAUGGACACCUGGACCUGGUCCUCCGCUUCCUUCUGGGAUUUUCUCUUGAGAAAAAUCAGACAUUCUUACAAGGUUUGAUGACACGAAUGAGAAGUAAUUUACAAACCAAUCAGGAAACAGUUCAAUAUAUCAAGAAGAAAAUCACAGAGUUUCCUUCUGCAGAGAAAAGCAUCAACCUCUUCCACUGUCUGAAUGAGCUGAAUGAUUGUUCUCUAGUAGAGGAGAUCCAAGACUAUCUGAAAUCAGGAAGUCUCUCCACAGAUAAACUGUCUCCUGCCCAGUGGUCAGCUCUGGUUUUCAUCUUAUUGUCUUCAGCAAAUGAUCUUGAAGUAUUUGAGCUGAAUAAAUUCUCUGCUUCAAAGGAGGCUCUUCUGAGGUUGCUGCCUGUGGUCAAAGCUUCCAACACGGCUCUACUGAGUAGCUGUAACCUGUCAGAGAGAAGCUGUGAAGCUCUGUCCUCAGUUCUCAGCUCUCAGUCCUCUAGUCUGAGAGAACUGGACCUGAGUAACAACAACCUGCAGGAUUCAGGAGUGAAUGUUCUGUGCGCUGGACUGAAGAGUCCUCACUGUCGACUGGAGACUCUUAGCCUGAGUGUGUGUGACCUGUCAGAGAGAAGCUGUGAAGCUCUGUCCUCAGUUCUCAGCUCUCAGUCCUCUAGUCUGAGAGAACUGGACCUGAGUAACAACAACCUGCAGAAUUCAGGAGUGAAUGUUCUGUGCGCUGGACUGAAGAGUCCUCUCUGUCGACUGGAGACUCUCAGGCUGUCAGGCUGUCUGCUCUCAGAGGAAGCUUGUGUCUCUCUGGCCUCAGCUCUGAGCUCCAACCCCUCCCAUCUGAGAGAGCUGGACCUGAGCUACAAUCAUCCAGGAGACUCAGGAGUGGAGCUGCUGUCUGCUGGAGUCAAGGAUCCACACUGGAGACUGGACACUCUCAGGGUGGAGCCUGGUGGAGUCCGAUGGUUGAGACCAGGUCUGAGCAAGUAUUUCUGUCAACUCACCAUUGACACAAACACAGUGAACACAGACCUACGACUGUCUAACAACAACAGGAAGGUGACAUGUGUGGAGAAGUAUCGGUCAUAUCCUGAUCAUCCAGACAGAUUUGACAUCUGUCCUCAGCUGCUGUGUAGUAAUGGUCUGACUGGUCGCUGUUACUGGGAGGUUGAGUGGAGUGGAGGAGUUUAUAUAUCAGUGAGUUACGGAGGAAUCAGAAGGAAAGGAAACAGCAAAGACUGUUGGUUUGGAUUCAAUGAUCAGUCCUGGAGUCUGUACUGCUCUGAUCAUGAUUACUCUGUCAGACACAAUAACAUAGUAACACUCAUCUCCUCCUCUGUGUCUGACAGAGUAUCAGUGUAUGUGGACUGUCCUGCUGGUUCUCUGUCCUUCUACAGAGUCUCCUCUGACAAACUGAUCCACCUUCACACCUUCAACACCACAUUCACUGAACCUCUUUAUCCUGGGUUUGGGUUGUUGUCUCCUUGUUCCUCAGUGUCUCUGUGUGAUGUGUCAUGGUGAGAGACUGAUCCUGUCAGAGAAACGUUGUCACUGUGGAACAUAGU